UCGCAGAGAUCCCAAACAAGAAACCAGAAACUAGUCAAUAUACUUACAAAGAACUUCUGCUUUUGUUGUUUUAGCGUAGGUCGUUAGCGAAAAUAUGUCGUAUUUAAAUAUAGCUAGAUAACUCUGCUACUUGUUUAUUCAUAUUUCGCUUACCGAUAUGGGCUGUGAACUUUUCCGACUUGUUAGCAAGCUAACGAUAGCUAGCUAGCUACAACCUAACGUGCCAGCAAAUUAGCAGGCUAUAUAGCUAGCUAAUAAUUAACCAUGUCUAACUCUUUGACGGCAGAGCAGCAGCAGAAGAUAGAGGACAAUAGACGGAAAGCUUUAGCGAUUAGAGCACAGAGACAGGCUGCUCAGUCAAACAACCAGACGCCCAUAUCAGGGCUCAACAACCCAGCCAGUGUUCCUCAGCAAGGCAUUAACCCUCACUCUGGUCCACCUUCUAACUCAACUCCCCGACCAGGAGUAACUCAUCAUCCACCUAAUACUGUGCUUCAGAAUUAUGUUCCACAGGGUCAAGACAGGAGACCUAACCAGUUGUUUUCUAGCCCAAGGGACAAGUCUGGACAGAAUUCACUCUUCUCCCAUACUGCCACUAAACAGAUCAAAGUAAUAGACCCACUACCUCUCCCAAAGGGACAACAUUCCUUGAAAGGGUUAGAUGUGUCAACAGGAGGAAGCCCCUCAGUGUUCAAACCUCUUCAGCCAAAGACAACAGGUGGCCCAUCAUCUUCCAUUUCUGGAGGUUCCACUGGUACUGGUAGUUCAUAUGGAGCCAAGUCAUCCUCAUCAUGCCAAAAUGUAUCCUCUGUGUUCAAACCUCCACAGCCGAAUAGAGCAGUGUUACCGGGUCCAUAUCCUACUUCUACAAGUGCAACUGGCAGUUUCUCUGUUUCUAAACCUCAUCCAAAGACCUCUUCUUCUGGCCUGUCUUCCAGUUCUGGAAGUGCCAUUGGUAGUUUCUAUAAACAAGGAACCAAACAUGGAGCCACAUCACCAUCUGUCCAGAGUGCUGUGAGACGGCAGCCUUCCUCCAGCAGUACUGACGUUAGUAACUCUCCACCUGUGAAGACCCCUGCCGUCACAGUCAGAGGGAAAUGUGUCUCUCACUCAGAGGAGCGUUUCAGAGUGGAAGUCGGCUACCAUGCUGAGCUGAUUGCUGUGUUCAAAAACAUCCCUUCUCGGAACUAUGACCCUGCUACCAAGAUGUGGAACUUCAGCCUUGAGGACUAUCGUCAGCUAAUGGAGGAGGCAGGCUCUAUCUCCUGUAUAUGUCUGAAACCUCUGGUGGGGGGUAUUGACGUGGCGCCGGCGUCUAGCCGGUCCCGUGACACUGCUGCGCUUGGGGCCCUGCUGAAGCUGUGUAGUGGCUGGCAGAGACCAGGGGCCACCUUACAGGGCCACGCCACCCUGGUGUCACGAUCACGCUUCGAGGUCGACGUUGGAUACCAUGUUGACGUCAUCGCUGCAUUCAAACAGAUGCCUUCCAAGAACUAUGAUAUGAAGACAAGAAAGUGGAGUUUCUUGCUUGAGGAUUAUAAAAGACUUAAGACAGUUAAUAAUGCUCAGGGUAGAAGAGUGCAUCUGAAUCCCUGUCUCUGCAGCGGCCCCUGUGUGCUGCUGGUGCUGACCAAGGAAAAUGCUGUGGAGGAGUGGCGGUCCAUGAUGGGCCCCACAGACCCUGGCCUGGCCCAGGUGACGGCCCCGGGGUCCCUGAGGGCCCGCUUCGCCUUAGACAUCCUCCACAACGCCCUUCACGGCUCCUCCAAUCAGGAGCAUGCCCAGGAGAAGAUACACUUCCUGUUUGGUGAUAUCAUCACCUCAGACGGAGACCUGACCAGCAAUGGGGAACUGGAUCCCACAUCGCUAGAUCUCAUGGCUUCAGACAAAUCAGGUUGUACAACUGCAAAAAUGACAGAACAUGUUGAAUCAGGAAGUCCAGAGAGCCAUCAAGAGCAUGUUGAAUCAGGAAGUCCAGAGAGCCAUCAAGAGCAUGUUGAAUCAGGAAGUCCAGAGAGCCAUCAAGAGCAUGUUGAAUCAGGAAGUCCAGAGAGCCAUCAAGAGCAUGUUGAAUCAGGAAGUCCAGAGAGCCAUCAAGAGCAUGUUGAAUCAGGAAGUCCAGAGAGCCAUCAAGAGCAUGUUGAAUCAGGAAGUCCAGAGACCCAUCAAGAGCAUGUUGAGCGAGCAACAUCCACGUCAGACACACCUAGUGUCACAAGCAAAGAAGGGGAAGGUGAUCAGACACCGGUCUGAAGAAGAAGGAUCAACAGAUCCCCAGUAGAGAUCCCCAGGACAGAUCCCCAGUAGAGAUCCCCAGUAGAGAUCCUCAGGACAGAUCCCCAGGACAGAUCCCCAGUAGAGAUCCCCAGUAGAGAUCCCCAGGACAGAUCCCCAGGACGGAUCCCCAGGACAGAUCCCCAGGACGGAUCCCCAGGACAGAUCCCCAGUAGAGAUCCUCAGGACAGAUCCCCAGUAGAGAUCCCCAGGACAGAUCCCCAGGACGGAUCCCCAGGACGGAUCCCCAGGACAGAUCCCCAGUAGAGAUCCCUAGGACAGAUCCCUAGGACGGAUCCCCAGGACAGAUCCCCAGGACGGAUCCCCAGGACAGAUCCCCAGGACAGAUCCCCAGUAGAGAUCCCCAGAACGGAUCCCCAGUAGAGAUCCCCAAGACAGAUCCCCAGUAGAGAUCCCCAGUAGAGAUCCUCAGGACAGAUCCCCAGGACAGAUCCCCAGUAGAGAUCCCCAGUAGAGAUCCCCAGGACAGAUCCCCAGGACGGAUCCCCAGGACGGAUCCCCAGGACAGAUCCCCAGGACGGAUCCCCAGGACAGAUCCCCAGUAGAGAUCCUCAGGACAGAUCCCCAGUAGAGAUCCCCAGGACAGAUCCCCAGGACGGAUCCCCAGGACGGAUCCCCAGGACAGAUCCCCAGUAGAGAUCCCUAGGACAGAUCCCUAGGACGGAUCCCCAGGACAGAUCCCCAGGACGGAUCCCCAGGACAGAUCCCCAGGACAGAUCCCCAGUAGAGAUCCCCAGAA